AUGUUAACUGACUCGAGCAUCAAGGUGGUUAGAGUCGGCGCCACGUCGGGCGCAGAAGGCGGCAUAUUUCAGUACAUUCCCAACACUUUCAACGCAACAAAUGGCACUACCGUCACCUUUCAAUUCACUGGAGCUCCAGGAAACCAUACCGUCACUCAAUCGAGUUUUGCUGACCCCUGUGAUCCCCUCGCUGGAGGUUUUGACUCUGGCUGGGUAUCCAUUCCCUCCAGCCCAGCUCUGACUGCUGCAGAUACGCCAGAAUGGAAUUUGACCAUCACCGAUGACACCAAACGAAUGGUUGGUGCCAUCAACGCUCCCACCACCGGGAACAAAACAUUUGCUGCCUUCGAAGCCGCUGCAAAAGCGUUCAAGGGUACACCUGCGCAAGUUGAAGGAGGCCUCGUUGGAGUGGGUGCGUCAGCGUCCGCUGGUGUUGGUCCAGUUCCUAGCGGGGUGAAGCUUUUCACGGCGUCGGCAAUCGCCACAACUUCUACAAAAUCCUCCGCCGCAACUACCUCUGGUUCAGCGGCAGCUGCUCCCAGCUCGACUUCUAAGUCGAGCGACGCAAAGAAGCUUAUCGCUAGCUCCUUUGUGGUGCUCUUGGGAACAGCGAUCGGCAUUAGCCUAGCAUAG